CACCUCACUAUAAAGCCUCCAGCCUGGGACUCUGGCUCCGUAGGGAGUGGGUGGGAAUAGUGGUGGCAUCUGCCUUGUCCAGGGGGGUCAGGUGGAAGCUGGAAGCUGCUCACAAUUGACCGGGACCUCAUGGUGGCACAGUUCUCCACGCCCAGCCUACCCCCAUGCCUGAAAGUUGGGUUCCUGCCUCCUGAGGGGAAGGAGCAGGCGGUAUCAUGGGUGUCCCUGGAGGAGGCCGAGCCCAUUCCUGAAAUCUCCUGGAGCAUCCGGGUACUACAGCCACCCCCAGAGCAAGAGCAUGUGCAGUAUGCUGGCCUUGACUUUGAAGCAAUCCUUCUGCAGCCCAGCGACCCUCCAGAUAAGACCCAGGUGCCCAUGGUGGUCAUGCCCCACGGGGGACCCCAUUCAUCCUUUGUCACUGCCUGGAUGCUGCUCCCAGCCAUGCUUUGCAAGAUGGGCUUUGCAGUACUACUAGUGAACUAUCGUGGCUCCACGGGCUUUGGCCAGGACAGCAUCCUCUCCCUCCCCGGCAAUGUGGGCCACCAGGAUGUGAAGGACGUCCAGUUUGCAGUAGAGCAGGUGCUCCAGGAGGAACACUUUGACGCAGGCCGUGUGGCCCUUAUGGGUGGUUCCCAUGGUGGCUUCCUGUCCUGCCACCUGAUUGGUCAGUACCCGGAGACCUACGGCGCCUGCGUGGUGCGGAACCCUGUGAUCAACAUUGCCUCCAUGAUGGGCUCCACUGACAUCCCUGACUGGUGCGUAGUGGAGGCUGGCUUCCCCUACAGCAGCAACUGUCUGCCAGACCUCAACAUGUGGGCUGAGAUGCUGCACAAGUCGCCCAUCAAGUACACCCCUCAGGUGAAGACACCAGUGUUACUGAUGCUGGGCCAGGAGGACCGGCGUGUGCCCUUCAAGCAGGGCAUGGAGUAUUACCGUGCCCUCAAGGCCCGAAACGUGCCUGUUCGGCUCCUGCUCUAUCCCAAAAGCACCCAUGCACUAUCAGAGGUGGAGGUGGAAUCAGACAGCUUCAUGAAUGCUGCGCUCUGGCUGUGCACGCACUUGGGCAACUGAAGCCCUACCACUCUGCAUGAGCUGGGUGACAUAUGCCACACUUGGCUCUUGGAGAGCCCCAGGGUCUGGCAGAGCGGCAAGAGGCUUCCUGGGCUCUGGACUUCAUGGAUGGGUGAGCCGAGGAAUGUGGGCUAUAUACUCAUAAUAAAUGAGGACACAGAGUCU